UGCAGAUGGUGAGUGUGAGUGUGAGCGCACGACGUGCAGAGCCGGGGAGGAUCAGGCUCUGCUGUCAUCACAGGCACCUCUAGUUAUGUCCCUCGCUUAGUGCCUGAGAACCAGCUCCGUACAGAGCGGGAUUCCUCUCUCGGCGCCGCUCUGGCCACGCAGGGCUGAGCGGGAAGGCUGAGCUGCAGAGCUGCAUUGUUGGAAACAGUGGUUCUGGACAUAGUCACUUCUUCAACUGAAACCGACCUGCGGGUCAAACUCAGUCUGUCCUGGAUCUGUUGCUGCGUGUGGGUAGGAUAUUAACGAGACCGGCUUUCUUUUUCUAAUUGGAAUUCCUAUUUUAUUAUUUGUUUUCUUAGGAAUUUGAAGUAAUCGCACAAAUUAAGCUCUUGCAGUCCUCAUGUAACAGCUAUUGCAUGUCAGCAGAUGAGAAAUUCGUGCAGUGGUUUAGGAGGCAGCGGCAUUUAAGUGAUGAGGAGAGGUAGGGUCUCAGCCCAGCUGGCGAAGCAGCUUUUCUUGCCCCGCAGGCAGGUUCAGGUUCUCUCAGCCUUGAGCUCUGCGCUGCCAGGAGCUGCUCCCGGAGAGUGGAAAUACACCCGCACAGAGCUGCGCUCCUCCUUGUGGGGAUGCCACCCUCUGGGGCGUGGGAAUGGCCCAGGGCUCCUCAAAUAUGGCCACUCUGAGAUAUUUAACUGAUGGUGUUGCCUGUUCUGCAGUUUCCGGCUUUCACGCGAAAUUGAAGGAGCUGCUGACAAGAGCGUCGCAUCGGCCAAAGCUCAGAGGAGCGUGGUGAAGAGAUUCAGCCUGCCGUUCCUGGGCUUGGGGGUGAGCGCCCACAGCACAGCCGUCAACGCGCAGCCCAAACCUGCUCCAGGUGGGAGCUCUGGGGACAGCACCGUCACCAUCGUCCCUCCCACCGACACUGCCGAGGAGCCUCAGCACAAGGUAGGGCCUGGGCCCUGUGUUCAGCACAGACAGCCUGUGCGAGGCUGCUGACGCUGCCGGCGGCCCCAGGCGCUUGCCCAAGCCUGUGGGUCUUGACUAGAGCGUUGCUUGCGGUGGAAUGGAGGGCCCUGAGCUCUGGGAAAGGCAGUUGUGGGGGGAAAGCUCAUCUGCAUCAGCCCAGCCUAAUUCUGGGGCAGGCAGAGCAGCUGGGCUUUGACCUGCCAGGAACUGCCCAGGCCAGCCUUGUCUGGGCUGGGUUCCGUUCCCAGGGAGCUUUGUCCUACAGCCUCUGCUCUCUUGACCUGAACUGCCUUCACUGGGUUGCUGAAGCCCUUGUUGAGGCUGUUGUGCUCAAGAGUGUCAUCUUUAGCUUUUGGAUCUUUUCAAUUAACUGGUAAUCAAUGUGUUUGAUCUCGUGUCCCCCCUUGCUGCCAUCUGGUGACAAAUGCUCCAAGAAGUGCCCCGACUCCGUGACUCCCAUUACAACAAAAGAAGUGCCGCCAGUCCUGCCAGUUUACAACCAACAGAACGGAGAGAGCUGCAUCAUCCGGACCAGCGUAGAGGAGGACAGAAGUGGCAACAUCUACAGGAGCAUCCUGCUGACUAACCAAGAGAAGGCUCCUGCUGUCAUCCAGAGAGCCCUGGAGAAGCACAGCCUGCAGUGUGGCUCGGCCGAGGAUUACGAGCUGGUACAGAUCAUCUCCGAGGACAAAGGUGGGGAAGCAGAACUCUGCUGCUGCUGCUUGACCGGUGCUGCUGCAUUUUGACGGCAAGAGUGACACGCGAAGCGACGUCAGGAACGCCACGGACACGUUGUCACAGCUGCCGGUGAGAAUAAACCCCUGAGGCUGAGUGGUGCGCCAACUCACGCUGGCUCUGCUCCCUCUCUUGCAGAGCUGGCGAUCCCACCCAAGGCGAACGUGUUCUACGCCAUGAACACCCAGGCCAACUUCCAUUUCAUCCUGAGGAGAAAAGCUGCAGCACAGGAGGAGCCUGCGCCCCAUGGAUUUUAAUGGUUGAGCCUUCUAUAGGAUUUACUGCUUAUAUUAUAACUAUGGAAACUUUUUUUCCCCAGGUUUAGUCGGGAGUUGAUAUAUUUGAAUAUGUGACCUGUAUAUAAUGUUUGAGCUUUGUAUAAUAUUUAAUAUUUAUAUAACAAGUCUAUUACCUUUUUUCCAGUUUUUGUCUGCAGUUCAUGUAUUGUAAUACUUGAUGUUUUUAUCAUAUUUAAUCUUUACAUACUUGCAUAGAAACAUUCAUUAGUAUAUAACCCUUUUUCCACUAAUUUCUGCUUGGAGUUACUAUAUUUCAGUAGCUUAGCUUUACAGAAUAUUUGAGCUUUGUAUAAUAUUUAAUAUCUAUAGAAUAAGUACAAAACCUUUUUUCCACUAAUUUCUAAUUGGAGUUAAUAUAUUUAAAUGUUGUAUCUAUACAUAAUAUUUGAGCUUUAUUUAAUAUUUUUAUUUACUGUACUAAUAUUUAUUUUUUUAUAUUUUUAUUUAAGGUACUGAUAUUUAAUAUUUUUAUUUAAUAUACUAAUAUUUAAUAUUUAUUGACUAUUUUUAUUUAAUGUACUAAUAUCUAAUAUUUAUUUACUCUUUUUAUUUAAUGUACUAAUAUUUAAUAUUUAUUUAAUAUGUACAUAGACCUUAUCCAAUAAUUCUUGUCUGGAGUUGAUACAUUAUUUCAUCUUUAUAUAAUAUUUGAUCUUUGUAGAAUAUUUAAUAUUUAUAUGAUAAAUAUAUCAACUUUUUUCUACCAAUUUUUGUCUGGAGUGAAUAUAUUUUAAUGUUUGGUCUGUAUAUAGUGUUUGAGCUUCAUAUAAUACUUAUAUAUACAUAUGAAAUAAAUAAGUUAAUAGAUAUUAAUAAUUGAGCUUUAUAUAAUACAUCACCUUUAUUUAAUAUUUAUCUAAUAAAUACUUGAACUUUUUCCACCUCUUCUUAUCUGGCGUUAAAAUAUUUUAGUAUUUGAUCCCUAUGUAAUAUUUAAUCUUUACACAGAUGGAACAUCUCUGUAAUAAAUACGGAACUUUUUUCCACUAAUUCUUCUCUUGAGUUAAUAUAGUUUAAGAUUUGAACUUUUAUAGAAUACAAAACCUUUAUUUAAUACAUAAUCUUUAUUUAUAGAAUAAAGAUGUGAGCUUCUCUUCCCACCAAUUCUUGUCUGGAGUUAAAAUAUUUUAAUAUUUGAUCCUUAUGUAGUAUUUAAUCUUUAGCUAAUAUGUAAUGUUUCUAUAAUAAAUACGUAAAGUUUUUUCCACUCAUUUUAGUC